CUCUCCUCAGGGGCCCCGUGUGUGUGUAUCUGAAGAAGAAAGAGAGUGAAACGGCGAAAGAAGCCAUCGAAGAAUUCUAUUAAUCUCACCCGAAACACGGAACGAAACCUCAAGACAACAUAUGUCCGUCUAUCCGCCUAGAACGACCACUUUGCCGUCGCAACGUAAGCAUUUUCAUCCGCCAGGAGCGCGCGGAACGUGAACGGGGAUUAUAGUGAGCUCCAUUCAUGUGCUCGGCGUCAUUAACCCGCUGCAGAAGGUUUGCUUGAAAACGGGGAUCCGUUACGGACGCUAUCGAAGAUUUUUUUUCUGCAUACCGUGCAUUUCGAGGAGAGUAAAGUUUCACAUGUUUACGGGGCAUGUUUACAGACUGGAUGCAACGCUCCACACGUAGUGCACUAUCAUUAUUACAUCAAGCCCUUUGCUACAGUGUUGAUAUAUUGUAGCAGCGGAGUCUAAUGUUGGGCUUCGCGCAGGCUCUGCUCGGCUGUGCAUGUGAGCACAGAUCAUUGAUGUCGGACAGCGAGCGCACGAGCGUUUGGAGUCUCCGCGGUUCUGACCAAACAUAGGAAAAACGGAUGCAAACUGUUUAAACUGUCGUAUGUUCAGGACGAGACGCACGGGUCUGGUUCGGCGACUCUGGAGAAGCCGUUUAGUCACCGCAGGUAAAGAGGGGGGCGAUGGAGGUCCGGAUGACUGGAGUGACAGCAACCCAGAGAAGAUCCCCAGAACGGAAUACGCACCGGGAAACAACGCGGGCUCGUGCGGCAGACGCGUAGAGGAGCGCGGGGAACCGGGGGUCCUUAUUGAACACGAUGGACCUCUCAACGAUGGGAGCGAAGGCAGGACGGUGACAUGCUGUUUGUUUAAAGACCUCCCCAGAAGCAAAAACAGACUCGCUUGCCGUGUGGAACAUAGGAACCACAACAACUAUAGCAGUUUGAGUGGCAGGGAACGGAAAACUGGUGCCGUGACCGAGCAAGAACUCAAGAAGUGCACUUAUGCCUUUCUUAAAAAGUUGAAAGACAAGUCUCUGGAUGUUUUACUGGAAGCUGUUGAGUCUCAAGGCGGGAUGCCAAGUGGAUGUGUUCUGGUAUCGCAGACUGAGGUGCGAAUCGGGGGUCAUCUAGUGUCUCCACAGUACCUGCUGUGUCGACUUUUCCGCUGGCCAGACCUACGAUUAUCCUCUCUCCUCAAACCACUCUGUCAUUGUCAGAGCUUCAGGGCAGAGGACAGCCAGACCCUCUGCUGCAACCCCCAUCAUUACAGCCGCCUCUGUGGACCAGUAAAGGAUGAUACACCACCACCUCCUUAUUCUCAUCUCUCCCCCUUACCAGAACACAAGCCACUGAAUUCUUCCCUUCCAAUGCUGCCUUACGUAGAAACCGAAGCCACUCGAUCCGCUGGCGGCCUGUCCCAGGACUAUUCAGAUGCCAGUAUGUCUCCCUCCUCGCUGGCGCAGAACCACUGGUGUAAUGUGGCUUACUGGGAGCUUCGCACCCGUGUGGGCCGCCUGUACCCAGUUCACGACGCCUCUCUCAGCAUCUUCUACGACCUACCUCAGGGUACAGGCCUAUGUUUGGGCCUGCUGCCCCUCUCUCCGCGCUCCACUUCCGUCCAGCGCACCCGCGGCAAGAUCGGCCACGGCAUCCUCCUCAGCAAAGAGCCCGAUGGAGUUUGGGCCUACAACCGCAGUCAGCACCCUAUAUUUGUCAACUCGCCCACUCUGGAGCAUCACCCCUACCUGAGUCUGACGGUGAGGAGAGUAAUGCCAGGCUACUCCAUAAAGGUGUUUGACUAUGAGAAGUCGUGCCAAAUGCAACCGGCCAGUCAUCCGGUACACCCGGAAGGGCCAUACGACCCGAACAGUGUGAGGAUCAGUUUUGCCAAGGGUUGGGGACCGUGCUAUUCCAGACAGUUCAUCACAUCGUGUCCAUGCUGGCUGGAGAUUUUACUCAACAACCACAGAUAACCAAUCCACCUUUUUCCUACACCACAAUGAUGCUUUGAGUUAGCUAUGGGAGUCACUUCCUUUAAAUUAAGUGUUUUUAAAAAUAGUUUUUGAGGUGCUGUUAUUCUCUUUAUGGUUCAUCUAUCAAAUAUUUAAGAAAAAAAUUUUAAGUAGACCACGACUAACCCCCAAAUGACUUCUCACAGCAAUAUAAUGGGUGUAUAUUGACUAUUACUUUACUGUAGUGAAUUCUGAGAGACAGUGAACUCAAAGGAGCAUUGACAGACAUGCUUGUGUUAAAAUAAUAUAAAUAAAAGCAUAAUUUUCUAUCAAGUAUAAAAAAUAAAGCACAAAACCAGACAUACCUCUUCCACAGUUUUUACUAUGAAUAUUGGAAUAUGAAUAUAAUAAAGGAAUUUCAAAAUUCCUUUGAAAAUCCCUAAAGCUAGAAGUGCAACCCAUAAUUUAGAACACAAUCAUCACGUGUGGAAAAAGGUGGAUAAACAACAAACAAACACAAACUCAAUACGAACUCUCAGAGACCCGCAGCCACCAUCCCAAAUGUAAUCUAUCUAAAUUUAAUAUAAAGUUUUAUAUAAACGUAUUAUAUGGAAUACUUGUAAAUACUGAGUCAUUUUUACAGCAUAAUUAUUUAUGUAUGGUGCAAUGUCUUCAUGGAUGGACAGGAAAUAAAAAAGAAAAAAAGAAA